AACACGUUAGACCGGAUUCGAAAUGGUCUAAUUGUUGCUCUUACAAAUCUGUUAGGAAUUCUUAUACAUUUUAUGGAAGAUGUCACGAGGAACGAUAUCCGAGAUAAGAGAUCGGUUCGCGAUUAGAAAUUAUUCGUGUUUGUUAUUACGAGAGAGAUUUAAUGAGAUCGAUGUAAAUGAUCGGGUAAAAUUUGUUUGCAGUUGAGAACUCCCGACAUAUAAAUGGAUUUCUUCGGAUCAUAUAAAAUCUUUCUUUCCUUCUUUUUUUCUUUUCGUUUUUUCUUCUUUUCUUUCAUUUCUUUCCUUCUUUUCUUUUCUUUUUUUCUCCCUUACUUUUUCUUUUGUUUCGAAUGCUCUCUCUUACAGAGCGAAAUAAUAAUUUCACGGAAGACGAGAAAGAACGGAAGAGAUGGAAAGACUUUCUAAGUUGCGUUUUAUCGACGAGCGGCGAGAGUCGAGUGACCUUAUUUCGUAUACCGAGGUCACUCGAAUAGAUACAUCUCCACCCGAUUGUACGCACUAAUACGACCAAGUCAUGGUGGAAAAUUCGAAAGAGGGAGAGAGAUAGAGAUAUUUACCGUCUCGUUGAUUCCUUAUCGUAAAUCGAAUGAUCAAGCAAAAGAUCUUUAAUUGCGAGAAAAGAAAUCAAAGCCUUUAACGAACUGACAAUCUUCUUGGAUUUAAGAAAGAAAUAGAUAAUCGAUGAAAUAUUCUGUCUAUGAAUUUGACACACUACGCACCAUGCGCUAAGAUGCAACGUUUAUGACAGUUAACACCUGCUACCUGAACUAAACGUCACCGUACUUCUUUGUCGUUGACAAUUGGAGUAAGAACGAUGAUUAAGAGACUAGAGAUUUUUAGAAAACGUUCAACUUUACGACAACGUUAAAGGCAAGAAACGUCAAAGGCACGGUUUAGUCGUGUACUGCCAAGUAAAGAGAAGAGAUUCUUAUUCUUGAAAUCGUCGUAUCUCGAAAACUUCUCAAAGUAUAUAAGAGAUAUGGAUCUUUGUGUUAAAAGUUUCUUUCUUAUCUACUUUCUGGUUUUUGCUAACGUUUUCACCGAAAAUACAACAAAAUCAUCCAAUGAAAAUAAUUCUAAAUCGUUUGUAGAAUCGACAGAAGAUAAUCUAUCUCACGAGGAGGAUUUUACGACAGAGGCAACUUUAUUUAUUGCUACGGAAACUGAUGAAAAUUUGCUCUCGACGAUCGUUCUCGAAGGCGAUACUGAAAAUAUUACGGAUGAAUUUAAACCAAGCGUUCAUCUUGGAGAAAUCGAGGAACCAAGAACGAAGAUUAAUCCCUUCAACAAAGUGCAUCACUUUAAAUUCGAAAACAGUUUUGACGUGGGAUCUCAUCAGAAUGAUCUUCGAAACGUUAAGCAAAGGAUCCUUUACGACGUUAAGGAACAUCAAAAUGGUCGUAUAGUUUUUGAAGACGACAAAAGAAAUUUUCAUAUCAGAAAGUAUCAACAAGUUUUACCAAAGACGAUCCAACCGUUACACGUUACCGUCACGCAAAGUUCAAGGUCGCAUUUGGAUAAUUUCGGCGAACAAAAAGUUAUAAGCGAUCAUACGUUAUUACAGAAUUUCGAGAAACCGGUGUACCUAGAGGAACACACAUCGAUGAUAUUUGAUAAACCUAUGAGAUUUCCAAACGAACUUUUAUCUCUUGGUAAUGGGAACUUCGACGAUAAGAAUACGUUUUAUUUCGUGCCAGAUUAUCAUCUAAUGCCGAAUCAUCAAAAUAAUUAUUACAACGUCGAACAACAAGAAGGAAAUUACGGUAACGUUCAGAAACCAGAUAAUAUGAUGGUUUAUCUCGCACAGCAACACGAAUACACUACACUUCGCAAACAACCACAUUAUUAUUAUUAUUAUCAUCGGCCUUUAGGCUAUCACGAAAUGGACUUUUUAGGUGAGCCAAAACCCGCUAUGAUCUAUCCAAAAGGACACAGAAUUUCACCAUGGAAAAAGAUUAUUCAUUUGAUCGGAGCUUUCUUACCACUGGGAUUAUUACUGGCAGCUCUUGCUCCUAACGUGAUCAAAAUUCAAAAUACGACGGAUCCAAACAUCGUUCUCUCAAAGUUGAGGGUCGUUGACCUGCCGAUCGAGCAUAAGGAAGCGAGAUUGAUCGAUGAACAGCGAACGAAUGUCUGCGAGGAAAGAUCGAUAUGCGAAUUGAUAUUGGAAGGUGGUAAACCAGGAACGAAUAUAGUGCAAAAUGUUCUUUGGAAUUUGGCUAUUAGAUCUAACGAAGAAAUGAUAAGAAAAAUUGGCCUCCAGGAAAUAUUUGAAGCAGUGAAAAAGAAGAAUUGCGCGACGAUCGUUUGUUAAAUCUCAAACGAAAGAAGGAAGCGAGUAUCGUGGGUGACACAAGCUGCUAUUGUUCCUCUCUUCACUCCUCUUUCUCUCCCUCUCUCUUUCUCUUUUUCUUUCCAAUCACUGAACUCGGAAUAGCCAUUGUCUUUUCAAAAGUUCGCGUAAGAUAAUUAGUCUUCUUUUCGUUCUAACUGUGAAAGUGUGUCCUUCCAAGAGUAAGGAAAGAAAGAAAGAAAGAAAGGUAAAGAAAAGAAGUAAGAAGGACGAGAAGAAGAUUGUUUGAAG